UCUAUUCAACACUACAAUAAAUAUUUCUUCUUUAUUUAUGUUGGAGAUAGUUUUAAUUUACGAAAUUAAAAUUUAAAAAAUUAUAAAAAAAAAAAAUCUUACUCAACAGUUAAACUGCUCAGAGACAUUUACGUUUUGUGUAAAAGCAGCUUGGAAGUUUUUCUGUAAAUUAUAAAAAGUGCGAAGAAUCGGAAAUGAAACAAUAAGCUGCAAAAAUAAACAAUAAAAAUUUAGAAACUUAUUAAAAAAUAUUCGCAAGUCAAUAUAAACAGAUCGAGAAAGAGCGAAAGACAAAGAAAGUUAAAGCAAUUUACAACCAAAAUGCUGGCAAUGUUAAAUCAGUUUUCAACAAAAAUUGUAUACGAAUAUUAGUACCGCAGAAAUUAACAAAAUCAAAGCAAUUUAGUUAUGAAAAUAUUGUUUUCAAAAAAUACAAAAAAAAUUAGAGAAUAAAAAAUUUAAACAUCAAAAUAAAAACAAUAAUACAAAAUUGCAAAACAAAAAAUCAAAAGGAAAUCAAUACAUAAAUUUCAAAAAUAAUACACUGCAAUAAACAUUAGAAAACAAUUAUUUCAAAAUCCACAAAUAACGAGGUUAUGUGAUAGCUGAAACAAAUUUCAAAAACUGUAAGCGAACAAAUCAAACUGCUUCAUACAAAAAUUACAAAAAAUUAUAAGAAAUAUAGUUUUUAGUGAAAAGCAAAAAAAUUAGUAACAAACAAGAAAUUGUUCACUGAAAGUUUAAAAAUUUUAAUGAAAAUUUUAAAAACAUCAUCUACGGCCACUGAAAUCUAACAGAUCAAGGAAAAGUAGAUAAGAGUUCAAAAGAAAAGUUAUACUAAAAUCUUAAAAAAAAACCUAAAAUCUCAAAAAAAAAACAAACCACAUUUAUGAAAAAAGAGCGAAAAUUUAAAGAUGUGAAUGAAAAGUGCAAAGUUUAGUAUCAAAAAAUUUGAAAUAUGUUACUGAGAAAAAUGUUUAAAAAUAUGAAUAAAAUUUGAAAAAUUCGAAAUCACGUACCACUACCUAUCACUUAAAUCUAACCAGUCAAGAAACAGUAGGUAAGAGUUAAAAAAUUCUACUAAAAUCUUUAUAAGUUUGAAUUUUUGAAAAAGGAGCAUAGAUUUCAAUACAACAGUAUAGCACAACAUUAAAAAGUUAAAACUAAAAUUGAAAAUACAGCAAAAUAAAUUAAAAAAUUAGAAAAACAAACAAAUUUUUGAGUUCGCAUCAUAUAACACAGAUUAAAAAGCAUUUAUUGCAAAUAAAGAAAAACAAUAAAUUAUGAAGAAAUCAAACUAAACCAAUAAAUGAAUUUGCGCGACUUUCAAAAAACGGGAUAGAAGGCCGCUAAAAAACUUGAGCAUACAAAACAAAAAUAAAAAUUUACAAAAAUCAUAAAAAAAUUUAACACAAAAAUAAAAUUUCCGAAUUUUCGAAACCUAAAAAUAAACAUAAGUAAUACGAAAAAAUUUUAAUAGAAAAUUCAAUUUUCAGAUUUUUAAAAUAUAAAUACGGAAUUUAUCCAAAAAUGAGCUAGAAUCAAAAUGUCUGCAAAAAGUUAAAUAUUCAAAAGGAAAUAAAAUUAAAAAUAUAAAUAAAAUUAAAACUUGUGCAAAAUACCAAUCAAAAUCGUUGCAGUUUUACGAAAUAACACAAAAAAGUUGAGUAAAAAUUUAUUAAAAUUAAAUAAAAAGCAACUGAAAAUGUAUUAAACGAAUAACGACAAUUUGAAGAAUAGCGAAAAAUAAAGAAAUAAUUUUCAAAACUAAAAUAAUUAAAAUAAAAAAUAAUGGAAGAAGAGCUUGAAUGAUAAGGAGCUCUCAAAAUACAAUACAAAAACAAAGAAUUUUAAUGAUCAAGUGAUUUCAAAACAUAAUAAAAAGUAAAGAAUAAAGAAAUAUAUUGAAAAAGAAAUUUCAAAACGAAAUAGUGAAUAAAGAUAUUUAAUGAUCAAGUGUUUUCAAAACAAAAUAAAAAAUAAUAAAUGCGGAGAUUUACGGAUAUAUAGAAAAGCUUGAAAAUAUCUCCAACACAAAAAAAUAUAAAAGUGUAAAAAAAAUUAUUUUGAAAAAUUCAAAAAAAAUAUAAAAAAAUUGUUAAAAAAUCAUUUGAAAAAAAAUUAAAAUUUCCAACUGAAUAAAGUUAGUGAAAUUCAAAACAAAAAUAAUAACAACACAGCCAUUAUUUUUCAAUACACAAGUUUUGCCUCAAUAGUAGUGCAUACGAGUUGGCAGAAAAUCAAAAAGUGCUUGGUAUUUUUGAAGCGCCAUACUAAAAACUGCAACAGUAAAUCAAAAACAAAAAUCAAAUACAAUAACAUUGGCAUCAACAAAAUACAACAACAAAAGCAUUGUUUUAACAAACUGAUACAAAAUAAAAUUGAAAGCAGGCAAAGAAACAAACCUAAAAGUUAAAAACAAAAAACCGUAAAGUGAAAACCACGACUAAAAUAACUUUAGAGAAUACACCAAAAUUUCCAAGAGGAAUAAUAACAACUGUUAUAACUGAAACUGCAGAGGUUAAGAAAAAUAAUAACAAUUGUUAUAACCAAAACCGUACAGGUGAGGGUUCAGCGCAACCAUUAACCAACAAAACGUUCAAAAAACAGAGGCAAAAUAUUUAUAUUAGAGACAAAAAUAUGCAAUAGUUUGGCCACCCCACAAACUAUAGCCACCGCGAGCCAGUUUUAUCAACAAAUCAGUAGCAACAAAAUUCACUACCGAAAAGUCUUCGAAACAUUUGCAAAAUAUUUACAAAAAUCAAAAUAAAUCGACAGAGUAGAAGCAAACAAACACAAAAAGUUAUAUACCAGCAACAACAAAAAGCUAAAUAUCAACAACCGCAAGCAGUUAUAUACCAACAAAUCAAAGCAAAAAUAAUAAAAGUGUUAAAAAAUCAAAAUUCCAUUAAAUAAUCACACACAAUAACAAAAUUGUGGUAAAGUGAAACACAGUGGCAUAUAUCUAAAAAUAUAGUAUUAAAACAAAAUCAAAAAAAUCGUUAUUGCAAGUGAAAAUAUCCUUAAGCAUAUUUAUGCAGUUAUAUAAAUAAGGCUGACCAUCAGCAUAUCCCUAAAGCGCUUCUAAGCAGAAAAAAAAAAAUAUAUAUAUAUACAGAAAUAUGUGUGCUUAGCAUAUUUAGAUUAUCUAUUAAUAUUUCGUAAAAUAUUUAUUGAAUAAAAUUACCCAACGCAUGAAUUGAAUAUAAAAAGAGAGAGAGAGAGAGAGAGAGAGAGAAAGGAGACACAAUUUGUGUAGGAUUAACUACAAUCCAUAACUGGAUUGUCGCAGUUCUUGUGGUGGAUUCGCAUAAAGCGUACUGAUUUAAUAGCAUAAGAACUCGUUAUUCAAUCAACGAAUUAGCAGCAAGUGUGGCUAAAACACACGAUCAACAGACUUCAAGAUUGACAGUACUAAUAGUUCGCUAAACACAUAAGCAGUGGCAGCAGGCUGGCUAGAAGAUUUUUCAUAUCAGUGAAACAUUGACUUUGUGAAAUAUUGGUACCAAACAUAUUGCGAGCAGCAGCAGAGUUCGAUACUUCGUACAAAUAGUUCGCUCCGCAUGCCAGCUAUACUUGACAAGUGAAACGAGAGCAAAGCACUAGCGAGCACGAAUACAGCAAGCGAAAGCAAGAGAGCGAUAUAAACAAUUGACAAGAAGAAAGAAAGCUGGAAAGCAAAAUAGUGGAGAAGAGUUGAAAUUUUGCUAAAUUAAAGAGACAGGCGAAAUUACCAAGUGCAGUUACGUUUAAGUACAGCGGUGACACGAAUUGAACAGUAGAUGAUAAAAGAUAAGAUAAAAGCUAAAAAUAAAGCUUCGUAGAAAGCAUGAAACAUAUGAAUAAGAGUAAUGUGGUGCUAAAUAUGAGCAAACAAAAGAAAGAAAGCUGAGAAAAUUUGUAAAAUUAAAUUAAAUUAAAGCUUGAGAUUACAAGAAAAAGCUCACAAGCAAAGCUAAAGUUGAGGGCAUGCAAUAAAACUGUAAAAUAUAACGAAAUAAGAAAAAAGUGAUGCCAAGAUAGGCGUUAAGAAACGCAUUUAAGGAGAUAAAGCGAAUAUAAAACGAAGAUAGCAGGAAUAUAACCUUCCGAAAGCUUCAGCUGCAUACGAAAAUCGCAUAAAAAGCUUGAGUAAAGCUCAUAUAAAGCACAUAAAAGCUUUAAGAUCAGCUGUUUUGAAAAAACUCUUAAAAAGCUUGAUAAUAAAAAAAGCUUUUUAAAGCACAAAAAAGCUUUAAGCUCAUUUCAGCUAGAAAAUAAAAUUGAAUUUCGAAAAAGUAAAUCAAGAGUGAUUGAUCUUGAGUUAGUGCGAGAAAUGUGAAAAAGCACGAAAGCUCCUAAGCAUUGCACAAGCGCAUUGAAAAUUAAAAAAGAAGCUUUCAGCAUAAUUUGAAUGAACAGAAAGUAUAUGAAGACAAAAAAAGUAAGAAGAAAUAUAUAAAAGAAAAAUAACAACAACAACGCUUUUAAAAUAUAUAUACAUUAUAUAAAACAAAAACAAUUAAAUGCCGCCUGCAGAUCAACUAGCCAGCGAGUAAGUCUAGUUGCAGCGGUUACUACGAAAGCUUUAAAGAAAAUUGCAACGUAAGCAAAUUUAUUUCGCAAAAAAAACAAGAAACAAAAAGAAAAUCACCAGUAAAGCAAUCACUUGCCACUCAAAACUUCCACACCUUUAUUGUUGUUGUUGUUGCUGCUGCUGCUGCUAUCGCUUCAGAACACAGCUCAACUUAAAAACCAAUAAUAUGGGGCUGCAAAUGGCAGCACUGCCAGCAGCCAACAAUUAUGUUGCAGUCACACAAACACCAACAACAAACACAACCAACAACAAGCCACCCACACACACAGUCAUAGCCGCCAUAGCGUGCACUGUGCGCAAGCUUAACAGCGCGAUUUCAGCCACGUCCAGCAUAGCCACACUAUUGCUGUUGGUAUUGUUAACCUGGAAUCCAACAACAACAAUUGGCGUUGAUGCAGUCCAUGCGAAUUUUUCGGAUUUUCCAUAUAUACAAUAUCUAACACAUCCACCGGAGAUCAUCAAGAAGCCUCAAAACCAGGGUGUACGCGUGGGCGGUGUGGCAAGUUUCUACUGUGCUGCUCGUGGCGAUCCACCACCAUCGAUUGUUUGGCGCAAGAGUUCGAAGAAAUUAUCCGGCACGCAAUCGCGUUAUACGGUUCUAGAACAACCCGGCGGUAUAUCCAUACUACGCAUAGAACCCGUACGUGCCGGUCGAGAUGAUGCACCUUACGAGUGUGUAGCUGAAAACGGCGUUGGUGAUGCAGUAUCAGCUGAUGCUACUUUAACGGUUUAUGAAGGUGAUAAAACGCCACCCGGCUUUCCGGUAAUAACUCAGGGUCCCAGCACACGUGUCAUCGAAGUCGGUCAUACAGCGGUUAUGCAAUGCAAAGCCAUUGGUAAUCCAACGCCCACAAUUUACUGGAUUAAGAAUCAGACAAAGGUCGAUAUGAGCAAUCCGCGCUACUCGAUAAAAGAUGGUGGCUUACAAAUCGAAAACAGUCGCGAAGAGGAUCAAGGCAAAUACGAAUGUGUCGCUGAAAAUUCAGUUGGCACAGAACACUCGAAAGCAACGAAUUUAUAUGUGAAAGUACGACGUGUGCCGCCCACUUUUUCACGUCCACCAGAGCCCAUUAACGAGGUGAUGCUGGGAGCGAAUUUGAAUUUAUCCUGCAUUGCUGUGGGCUCGCCAAUGCCACAUGUGAAAUGGAUGAAAGGCGCCCAAGAUUUAACACCCGAAAACGAUAUUCCUAUCGGUCGUAAUAUUCUACAGCUAACAAAUAUACAACAGAGCGCGAAUUUCACCUGCAUUGCGGCAUCAUCUUUGGGGCAGAUUGAAGCGACGGCGAUGGUGAAAGUUCAAUCACUUCCUGCUGCUCCAACGGAUGUGCAGAUCUCAGAGGUAGCGGCAACCUCAGUUCGCUUGGAAUGGUCUUACAAGGGACCGGAAGACUUGCAAUACUAUGUGAUACAGUACAAACCAAAAAAUGCAAAUCAGGCUUUCAGCGAAAUUAGCGGCAUCAUAACAAUGUUUUAUGUUGUGCGAGCUUUAAGUCCAUACACCGAAUAUGAAUUCUAUGUGAUAGCGGUAAAUACGAUUGGUCGUGGACCGCCAUCGAAACCAGAGACUUGUACCACUGGUGAGACAAGCGAUUUCACAUUCGGAGGUGCAAAAAUGGAAAGCGCUCCACGCAAUGUACAAGUCCGACCGCUGAGUUCCUCAACAAUGGUUAUAACAUGGGAACCACCAGAGACGCCAAAUGGACAAGUGACCGGCUACAAAGUCUAUUACACAACAAAUCCCAAUCAACCCGAAGCAUCUUGGGACUCACAAAUGGUGGACAAUAGCGAGCUGACAACCAUUUCGGAAUUGACGCCGCAUGCCAUUUAUACGGUGCGUGUGCAGGCAUAUACCUCAAUGGGCGCCGGUCCGAUGUCCACGCCGGUGCAAGUGAAGACACAGCAAGGUGUCCCUUCACAGCCUAGUAAUUUCCGGGCCACCGAUAUCGGCGAGACCGCAGUCACAUUGCAAUGGUCGAAACCGACACAUUCCAGUGAGAAUAUCGUACACUACGAAUUAUACUGGAAUGACACAUAUGCAAAUCAGGAUCAUCACAAGCGCAUUUCGAACACUGAAUCCUACACGCUUGAUGGUCUCUAUCCUGAUACCCUGUAUUAUAUAUGGUUGGCGGCACGUUCGCAGCGCGGCGAAGGUGCAACAACACCCCCCAUACCCGUCCGUACGAAACAAUAUGUACCAGGUGCACCGCCGCGCAAUAUCACCGCCAUGGCCACCAGCCCCACUACAAUAUCCGUCUCAUGGCUGCCACCGCCCGUAGAGCGUGCCAACGGUCGCAUCAUCUACUACAAGGUCUUCUUUGUCGAGGUGGGCCGUGCCGAUAGCGAAGCGACCAUAACCACCUUGAAUAAGACACAUAUCGUUUUGGAUGAGUUGAAGCGUUGGACCGAGUACAAGAUCUGGACGCUGGCCGGCACCUCGGUGGGCGAUGGGCCGCGCUCGCAUCCGAUCAUUGUGCGCACACACGAAGAUGUGCCUGGAGAUCCUCAAGACGUGAAGGCAACUCCGCUAAAUUCAACUUCAAUUCAUGUUACCUGGAAACCACCAUUGGAAAAAGAUCGUAACGGUAUUAUACGUGGCUAUCAUAUACACGUGCAAGAAAUGCGUGAUGAGGGCAAGGGCUUCCUAAACGAACCACUCAAGUUCGAUGUCGUCGAUUCGUUAGAGUACAAUGUGACGGGCUUGCAACCAGAUACCAAAUACUCCAUACAAGUUGCGGCGCUGACGCGGAAAGGCGAUGGUGAUCGUAGCGCCGCGGUGAUCGUUAAAACGCCAGGUGGUGUGCCGGUACGACCUACUGUGAGCUUAAAGAUUAUGGAACGUGAUCCAAUUGUUUCCAUCGAACUCGAAUGGGAGCGACCUGCGCAAACUUAUGGAGAGCUGCGUGGUUAUCGUUUGCGUUGGGGCGUAAAAGAUCAGCCAUUAAAGGAAGAGAUACUACCCGGACCGCAAAUAACGAAACGUCGUUUUAAUGACUUAGAACGCGGCGUUGAAUAUGAAUUCCGCGUGGCGGGUAGCAAUCACAUUGGUAUCGGUCAAGAGACAGUGAAAAUCUUCCAAACACCCGAGGGCACACCUGGCGGACCGCCCGCAAAUAUAACAGUACGCUUCCAGACGCCGGAUGUAGUAUGCGUCACUUGGGAUCCGCCAACACGCGAACACCGCAAUGGCAUUAUUACACGUUACGAUGUGCAGUUUCACAAGAAAAUCGAUCAUGGUUUAGGUUCGGAACGUAAUAUGACCGUGCGUAAGGCGGUUUUUACAAAUCUCGAAGAAAACACAGAAUACAUCUUCCGCGUGCGUGCUUACACCAAACAAGGUUCGGGACCAUUUAGUGAUAAAAUCUUUAUUGAAACCGAACGCGAUAUGGGACGUGCGCCGAUGUCAGUGCAGGCGGUAGCAACAUCCGAGCAAACGGCUGAAAUUUGGUGGGAACCAGUGCCAUCACGUGGAAAAUUGCUUGGCUACAAGAUUUUCUAUACAAUGACAGCUGUUGAGGACUUAGAUGAAUGGCAGACAAAGACAGUGGGACUUACAGAAUCGGCAGAUCUGGUUAAUCUGGAGAAGUUUGCACAGUAUGCCGUAGCGAUAGCGGCGCGUUUCAAGAGCGGUUUAGGACGUCUGAGCGAAAAGGUCACCGUUAAAAUAAAGCCCGAAGAUGUGCCACUGAACUUACGCGCACAUGAUGUCAGCACACAUUCCAUGACAUUGAGUUGGUCCCCGCCAAUACGUCUAAAUCCGACAAAUUACAAAAUCUCCUUUGACGCAAUGAAAGUAUUUGUGGACUCACAGGGUUUUACGCAAACGCAGAUUGUCCAAAAACGUGAUAUUAUCUUAAAACAUUAUGUUAAAUCGCAUACAAUCAACGAGCUGAGUCCAUUCACAACGUACAAUGUAAAUGUAAGCGCCAUACCACCAGACUACUCCUACCGCCCGCCAACUAAAAUCACUGUUACCACACAAAUGGCCGCGCCGCAACCCAUGGUGAAACCAGAUUUCUAUGGUGUGGUAAAUGGUGAGGAAAUAUUAGUGAUACUGCCGCAAGCAUCCGAAGAGUAUGGUCCAAUAUCACAUUAUUACCUUGUUGUGGUGCCUGAGGAUAAAUCGAACUUGCACAAGAAUCCGGAUCAGUUCCUAACAGAAGAUUUGCUGCCGGGACGUAAUAAACCUGAACGUCCGAACUCGCCUUAUAUUGCCGCCAAGUUCCCACAACGCUCCAUACCCUUCACUUUCCACCUGGGUUCCGGUGACGAUUAUCAUAAUUUCACCAACCGUAAACUUGAGCGCGACAAGCGCUAUCGUAUUUUUGUGCGUGCCGUUGUCGAUACGCCACAAAAGCAUCUUUAUACUUCCAGUCCUUUCUCGGAAUUUCUAUCGUUGGAUAUGCGUGAAGCGCCACCUGGUGAAAGACCACAUCGCCCAGAUCCAAAUUGGCCAUCCGAACCGGAGGUGUCUGUCAAUCGCAACAAAGACGAACAGGGUAUGUGGUGGGUGGCGCUACCAGUUGUUGCCGCACUCAUUUUCACCAUAUUCGUUACCUGGUGCAUUGUGCGUCGACGUCGCCAACCAUGCAAAACACCCGAUCAAGCUGCUGUCACGCGUCCACUGAUGGCAGCCGAUCUCGGUGCCGGUCCCACACCCAGUGAUCCCGUCGAUAUGCGUCGCUUGAACUUCCAAACACCCGGCAUGAUUUCGCAUCCGCCCAUACCCAUUUCCGAAUUCGCCAAUCACAUUGAGCGCCUCAAAGCGAACGACAAUCAAAAAUUCUCGCAAGAAUAUGAGAGCAUUGAGCCGGGUCAGCAAUUCACAUGGGACAAUUCUAAUUACGAUUACAACAAAUCGAAGAACCGUUAUGCCAAUGUAACUGCUUACGAUCACUCGCGCGUACAAUUGCCACUGAUGGACGGCGUUAUUGGCUCGGAUUAUAUAAAUGCUAACUAUUGUGAUGGCUAUCGAAAACAUAAUGCUUACGUCGCAACUCAGGGACCACUACAGGAAACUUUCAGUGACUUUUGGCGCAUGUGUUGGGAACUAAAGACAACUACCAUUGUUAUGAUGACACGUCUGGAGGAGCGUACACGCAUUAAAUGCGAUCAAUAUUGGCCGGUACGUGGCACUGAGACUUACGGUCAAAUGUUUGUCACGAUCACCGAAACACAAGAGCUCGCCACCUAUAGCAUACGCACAUUCCAGUUAUGUCGACAAGGUUUUAACGAACGUCGUGAGAUCAAACAAUUACAAUUCACCGCCUGGCCAGAUCAUGGCGUACCCGAACAUCCAGCACCGUUCCUACAAUUCUUACGUCGCUGCCGUGCGCUCACCCCACCCGAUUCGGGUCCAGUUGUUGUCCAUUGCUCGGCUGGUGUCGGCCGCACUGGUUGUUAUAUUGUUAUCGAUUCGAUGUUGGAACGCAUGAAACAUGAGAAGAUUAUUGACAUAUACGGACAUGUGACUUGUUUGCGCGCUCAACGUAACUACAUGGUACAGACAGAGGAUCAAUACAUAUUCAUACAUGAUGCCAUAUUGGAGGCUAUCAUUUGCGGUCAAACAGAGGUACCAGCACGCAAUUUACAUACCCACCUACAAAAAUUACUACUAACCGAACCGGGUGAAAAUAUCACUGGCAUGGAAAUGGAAUUUAAAAAGCUCUCCAAUGUUAAGGUGGACUCAUCGAAAUUCGUCACCGCUAAUUUGCCAUGUAAUAAGAAUAAGAAUCGUUUGGUACACAUACUACCAUAUGAAUCGAGUCGCGUAUACCUGACACCCAUACAUGGUAUCGAGGGUAGUGACUACAUCAAUGCUAGCUUUAUUGAUGGCUAUCGCUAUCGUUCGGCUUAUAUAGCCGCUCAGGGUCCCGUACAGGAUACGGCUGAAGAUUUCUGGCGUAUGCUGUGGGAGCACAACUCAACAAUUGUUGUUAUGCUCACCAAACUUAAGGAGAUGGGCAGAGAAAAAUGCUACCAGUAUUGGCCACAUGAACGCUCUGUACGUUAUCAAUACUAUGUGGUGGACCCCAUCGCUGAAUAUAAUAUGCCGCAAUACAAACUACGCGAGUUUAAGGUCACCGACGCACGUGACGGCUCCUCACGCACCGUACGCCAAUUUCAGUUCAUCGAUUGGCCAGAACAAGGUGUACCCAAGUCUGGUGAAGGUUUUAUUGAUUUUAUCGGUCAAGUGCAUAAGACGAAAGAACAAUUCGGUCAAGACGGUCCAAUUACGGUGCAUUGUAGUGCUGGCGUUGGACGCACUGGUGUCUUUAUAACACUCAGUAUUGUAUUGGAGCGUAUGCAAUAUGAAGGCGUAUUGGAUGUAUUCCAAACCGUGCGCAUACUACGCGCCCAACGUCCGGCAAUGGUGCAAACGGAGGAUCAAUAUCACUUCUGCUACCGCGCCGCUUUAGAGUAUCUCGGCUCAUUUGACAACUACACUAAUUAAAUUGGCAGCACUUUUUUUCAAUUCAAAAAAACAAACUUCUCAACUUCAAUACACCGUAAAGUAAAAUCAAAAUCCUCAGUCGCAGGUCCACAUUAAUUUGAAUUAGAAAAACGCAACGCUAGAUUUUUCCGAAAGCUACACAAAAAGCGACAUUUUAUUUUGUCAACGCGUCUAAAAAGCUGCUGUGCGUAGUAAGAGCGCCUUACGCAAUAAUGCUUCUCUCCCUGGAAUAUCAUCAGUAGCAGACUACAUACAUAUAUAUGGAUUCUGCGCAGCCGAUUCAGACUUGGACAAACGAAAUUAAAACACGCCACAAAGUAAAAAGAACAAAACGUAUCGCUAUUGUAUUCACUAAAUACUAAGUUACAUUGCUUAGGUUCUAAGCACAAAGCAUGUUAUAGAAAAAGAACAAAUAAUUUAGAAAAAAUACAUAUGUACUUAUGCGCGUAUGUGUCUAGUUUAAGGCAAUUUAGUUGGUAAUUAUAUUAAGUUAAGUAAAAUAUAAUGUUAGAUUGAUUAAAAUUAUACCGUCAGCUAAAUUAGAGAGCAUAGUCACCUAACUGCCCCCAUACAAGCCCACAUUUGUCUUUUAAGUUAUUUGUGAACUAAAGAGACUGUUACGCAUUAAAUUGAUUGACUAAUCAGUAAUAUUUACUAAAUGAUUAAUUCAAUGCAUUAGUUGUACUAAUGAUUACCUUAAAAAGAAAAUUGAGUAUAAAUUGUUAUUAUACUAAAUAUUUAACGACUAAUCGAUUAAUUUACAAGGAAUUAUUUAAUUUUUGCACUAAUUAUAAAUUGAGUGUGCAAAGCAAUUAUUUGCACAAACGAUAUGCUUAAAUAAUACAUUUGCUUAAUUUAAACUAAUUCAAAAAAAUCAAAAUUAUGUACGUAGAGUGAUAAUAGUAAAUGUCAGUUUGUCGAUUAAAAAUGAUUGUUGAUGCCUUUGGAGAUGCGCAUAACUUUUAUGAUUAGUAAAUUAUUUCAUUUUAAUAACGCGCUUAGAGGUACGAUAUUUUUGACAGAAGUACAUUUGAAAAGCCAGUUUAGUUGCAUUUUCUUUUAAAUAUAGAUAUUUUUUUCUGGGUUAGCAAUAAAGAUAAUUGAUUAUAGAUACAAUAUUUUAGUUGAGGCGACACUUAAUGAUCCAGUUCGAAAAUAGUUUCUUUCAAAUAUUAUUAAAACAUUAUGAGUUUUCUUUUAAAUUGCUUAAUUAUAAUAUGAUAAUAUAUACAUUGUUUUUAAAGUAAUAAUUUAAUUUAAUUUAAUUUGAUACUUACAAUGCGCUUUGAACAAAAGUCUGUUUAAAAUGUCAGUUAAAAUAUACAUAAUUGGCAGCAAUAUUUUUCAUAAAGACAUUUUUUGUAAUAAUUUUAAUUAAAAUUUAUUAUUUAUUUUUUUUUAUUGGCCGCUAAUAACUUCUUUGAAUCUCAUUGUAAAAGUCAAUAAUUUAAUUUAGAUGCAAGUGUACAUUUUCUUAAACAAUACAACGUUAUUUUUAGGUUAGAGAAAUACUGAAAAAUUUAAAGUCAGUGUUUAAUAAACAAAAAUGUAAUAUUUUAUAUAAUUUUUAUAUAAGUUGCAAGUAAUUUAAAUAAUUUUAGUUUUUUUCAUAUAUUUUACUAUAAUUCAUUCCUGGUUGGAUUUUUACUGCAGAAAAAAUUGCAUGUGAAGAGAAAUCAACAUCAAAAUUAUUUCAUUAAUGUAUAAUUUAAUCUACAUAGUAUUGUAAUAAUUUUUAAUUUUAAUAUAAUGUUUAAGUAUUAAUAUAAUGUUUAAUUAUUAAUAUAAUUUUAAUGUAAAUAAUAUAUGUAUAUGUAAGUUUUAAACAAGUUCUGUUUGUAGAAUAAUACCACAACAAGCGAACCUUACAAGAAAUUUAUUUUAUAAUGAAAAAUACUACUUUAGUUACAUAUUUUUAUAUUUUCAAGUACCGCAACAAGAAAUCCUUACAAGAAAUUUAUUUUAUAGUGAAAAAUAUUGAUUUAGCUAAUUAUAUUAUUAUUUAUAAAUUUUAAAUGUAAAACUUAAUAUUUUUAAAAUUUAAAAAUAUAGUUUACUUAAACAUUUCGUCAUAUUUACUCCCCUUUCACCCAACAAAAAUUAAUGUCAUACUAAAAAUAAAAAACAACAACGACCAGGCAGCUCUUCCGCUACAAUCACUUUGUAAGGACUUGUAAUGAAACCGAUAAGAUUUUGUAAAAAAAAUAGUAAACAUAAAAUAAAUAGCAAAAUGCAAUAGUUAAAAUAUUUAUAACGAAGUGUAAUAAGAAAAAGUAAUAUGUGGACAAAAGUAUUACAGUGAAAUAAUGUAAUAAGCUUAAUUUUGUAUUGUAUUAGUUUUUAAGUUAAAUGUAUGUAAAUGCUUAAUUUUACAUUGUAUUACUUUUUAAGUUAAAUGUAGUGUAUCAUGUUAUAAGUUUUAGUUUAUAAUAAAUUAGUUUUUAAGUGUCAAAUUUUUUCGUUCUAUAAUUCAGAAAAAUUUAAAUUUUUUUUUGUUCUCUGAAGUUUUUUUGAAGUUAUUAAUUUAAAUUUUUUUAUAAAUAAUUUAUAAAAUAUUUGGUUUAGUUUCAGUUGUCGAAUAAAUCAAAAAUGGCCAGUAAAGCAGCAAUAAAGAGUAGCAUGACAUUUUCAAAAUGUAUUAACAAUUAUUAAUAAUUUUUUUAAUAUAAUUUUUUCAUGCCGUCCUUAGUUGAAGUUAUGAAGCUUUUCUGAAAUUCGAUUGCCUUAACCUAUUUUUUUUGUUUAUUUUUUUUUAAUAAACUAUUUUGUUUUUUUUAAAUUUUUUUAUUAAUAAAAUUUGUAUUUUUUAGUAAACUUGUUUUUGAUUGCCUUAAAAUUAUUUUUUGUUAAUUUUUUAUCUAAUUUUUUUUAUUUUAGUUUUUUUUUAUUGAUUGCUUUAAAAUUACUAUUUUUUUGUUAUAACUUAUUUUUUUAAUAAAUUAAUAUUUUUUUGUAAUAAACAUUUUUUAGAUUGAUUGCCUCAAAUAAAAAUUAUUUCUCUUGCCCCAAUUGUUACUAUACCAAUUCUUAAAAAAUUUAUUUCAGUUUUACUCUUGUUUUUAGCACAUGCUGCCUUAAUUAAUUUAAGUUAUGUUUUACAAUAAAUGAUUGCAUUAUUUUUAGUUACUAAUUCUUUGUAUAAUAAAAUGUAUAUUUUAUAUUUUGUAAAUUUUCAAAUAAAGUGAAUCGAUUUAAUUGAAGAAAAUUGUUUGUUUGUUAUUAUUUUUUAUUUUCUUCAGUCUUAUUAUGAUUUCCCUGACCUUUAGUAGUUUAAAAAAUAUUUAAGUCUAAAAUUUUUACAUAAAUUUAUAAUAUGUAUUUUAUAAAUUUUAUAAUUAUGUAUUUUUAAAUUUUAUAAAUCUAUUUUUAGCAUACUUAUAUCCAUUCCAUUACGAUUUAUGUGUCCUUAACAAAUUUCAAAAGUGUUUAAAUCUAAAAUUUUUAAUAAAAAAUCUGAGCUCAUAAGAUAAUGUAUUUAAAUGAUUUAAAAAAAAAAGUUAUUUUAAAAAUUCGAUAUGAAAUUAAUUUUUUUUGCAAUUUUGAUUUAAACUUUCUUGGUAGACAAUUACUCACAAUUUUUUUAUAAAAUUUGGUAUAAUCUUUCUUAAUUAAAAUAAAAAGUAUUUGUUUCUCACAAAUAUUAUUAGUUUUUAAAUAAACAUAAAGCAUUUAUUUAUUUUUAAAACCUUACAGCGUUGUUAUUUGAUAAAAGUGAAGAAUGAUUGAGAACCAGCUUUAGAUUAUGUAUAUUUUAGAAAAUUGGUAUGAAAAUGCGCGUAAAAGUCUAUGUAGAAAUAAAUAAAAAUAGCAAUCAAAUAUAAAAAAAGUAUAUUUAAUUAUAAGUUUGACUACGUAUAAAAAAUAUGUGUAGCUAUAUAUGUAUAAGUAUAAAAAGUGAAAGAAAAUAUUCAACAAAGCACGAAAUCUACUCCAAUAUCUAUAUAACGACUAGCAAAAUCCAAGCAGGAAUUGUGAAAUGUGUAGUUGAAAAAAUUAAAGUGCUGAGGGCAAACGAAAAAGUUGAGAUUUUAGAAUUACAUAAAAAAAUAGUAAGUGUAAACAGCACGUAACGUGUAAAUACGAUGUAAGCACGCCAUUAAUCAUAGAAUAUAUAAAAACUCCAACAAAUAAGUAUGAAAGUUAUAACAAAAUAUAUAAUUUAUUUAUAGUAGGCAUAAAUUAUUAUAGAAAAGUAUAAUUCAUUAUAGGCAAGUAAGUAAUGUAAUAGUUUUCUUGCUAUAUAGUGCAAGAGAAAAAUGUAGAUUCGCAAAUAUGAAAGAAGAACGAAAACAAAAACACACGCGUAAAUUUAUAUACUUACAUACAUAUAUGUAUGUAGUAGAUAUACAUUUAAUAUAAUUAUUAUAGUUACAAGCAUAUAUCAACAGCAAAAGUCUAAGUCUGAGCGUUGAAAUUAUAGAAAAUACUACAAAUAUUUAAGUAGAUAUAAGCCAAUAUGGCAGACAUACAUAUAAAUAUAUAGAAAAAUGUUGUGUAAGUAGGAUUCGCAAAUUGAAAAAUGAAUAAAUGCAUAAAAUAGAGUAUUUAAGACAUGGUAAUUAUAUUGUACGAAUAUAUAUUAUAAAACACACUUUUAAGUUAAACACAAAUAAAGCUAUAUUUAAGCAAAUAAAAAUUAUAGGACGGAAUAAGUGCAAUAACGCUUUAGUAUUUAAUAAAUAUAUAAAUAGUGUAAAAGUGCAUACAGAAAAAAGAAUAAAAAUUAUAUUAAAAUAUACAUAUAGCGUAAAUAUGUUUAAAAAGCCAUUUUAAAAUCUAAGCUACUGUAUAAAAAAAGCACAAAAAUAGAAAAAAAACAAAUUAAGUGAUAAUUUGUAAGAUUUAACGCAUUUUAUCGUAUAUAAAAUAUUCACUUAUAGUGCAUACAUAUGUAUUAGCAGAGUUGUAAAGUAAUGAAAACAUAUAUAGAAAGGAAAAACCAAGAAAAAACACAAAGUUAUUAGAAAAACAUUGGUGUAGAUAUAUAUUGGCUGCAAAGUUAUUAUUUUUUCUCCGGUGAAAAGUUAUACAGUUAAAUUUAAUAUUUUACUUCAAUUGCAAAAAAUCAAAUUUACGUUUUUCGUCAUUUUUCAAUUCAAUAUUUGCGUUCAAUUGCAUAAAACUUACUUCAGAUGAAUGAUUAAAUGAUUUUUCGCAAUUUUCCAAUAAUUAAACUAAUAAUGACUUUGAAAAAAUCUAAAUUAUUCUACGAAGUUAAAAAUAAAAAAAGAUUUCCGUUGAUACAUUUUCUUAACCCGUUAUAUACAUAUACUAAUAUGCAUUUACAUAUAUAUAACAAAAACCAUCUAAUUUUCAAGCAUAUGAUUAAUAUCUCUACAGUCUAUACUACCCUCACCUUUUUAUAAUCUGUAUGUAGCUAUUAAUUUAGAUUUGUAAUAACAGUAAAAAAAGUAAAAAUAAAAAAAAAAUAAGAAAAUGUUGCAUAACGUUAAGUAUUAUUAUGAUUAUAUAGAUUUAUGAUAAUGAAUGCUAAAGAGAAAUGAAAUGUGUUGAGGUUGAUUUAUGAGGGUGCAGUAUAAAUGGAUGAAAUAAAUAAAAAUAUAAAAAUAAAUAUUAAA